AUGACAGACACUCCAGGAUACUACCUCGGCAGAAUCAUCAUCGGAUUCAACCUCCUCUACGUUCCCUAUCCUGUUAUUCCUCCGCUAUGUACUCCGAACCGCAACUCAGACACCGGUAACACAAGGAUUCCCAUACCCGAUGCCGCCAUCGUCGGAAUUGAGGACCCGAUCCGUUCUUCGCCAUUCCAUCAUCUCCAUGCUGUAGCCGACCCGCGUCUGUAG